AUGAUUACUUCUGAAUCUUCGAACAACAUGCAGCUACAACUGCAAGAUGGUACUGCUAGUAGUGUUAAUGUGAUGAGCAACCUCGCACAUGUCAUGGAAGCCUCCAUCGUCGGAUUAAUCGGUGAUAAUUCAGUAAUGGUUGACCAACAGAAGAUUGUUCCUUACUUACAUCAAACGGAGUCAGGCCGUGUUGCCAAGCUUGAGAUUUUCUCUCACUAUGUUGCUAGGCAAAUGGGAUUUGUAGAUGUCGGCGAGGUUCCAGAGUUUUAUUUUGCUUUUCAUUGGAACCGAACUUCAUUUAUCAUUACCCAGGUAUUAAGUUCUCAGUCCCAACCCAAAAUAAAUCUCAAAAAUAUUCUUUUGGAAGCCACAAGGGAACAUAGGUUUGAGAGAAUAACAAAGAAACUAAAGGUGGCCAUAGUGUUCUCUAUAUUGGUUGAAGAGAUUAAAGCAAUAAAGGGCGACUCGCAAAGUUGUGAUGACAAGGUCUCCAUUGUCCAGAGUGAGAGGAGUCCAGUGUUGCUGCUUAUGGGUGGAGGCAUGGAAUCUGGAAAAAGCACUGUUCUUAAAGACAUUCUUAGAGAAUCAUUUUGGUCAGAAGCUGCAUCCAAUGUUGUGGUUGUUGAAGCAUAUGCUUUUAAGGAGAGUGAUGUCAUUUAUAGAGCUCUUAACUCUAAGGGCCACCAUGAUGAAAUGCUUCAAAGUGCUGAACUGGUGCAUCAGACUUCGAUUGAUGCUGCAUCAUCUCUACUAGUGACAGCUUUAAAUAAAGGGCGAGAUAUGAUCAUGGAUAGUACCUUAGCAUGGGAACCUUUCCUAGAGCAAACUAUUGUUAUGGCAAGAAAUGUUCACAAAAAGCGUUGUCUAAGCGUUUUUCCAGAAAAAAGUGCUGCUAAAAGAAAACUUAUGAGAGCGCUUUUCCAGAAAAAAGCACUGCCUUAG